UUUUUCAGGAGAAAUAAUUAGUAUUAAGUUAUUAAACAAAGGAAUAGUAAGCAAAUAAAAGAAGAUAAAGAAAAUAGAUUGAAGAGGGAGCGAUUGUAGAAGAUAAAGAAAUGGAAGGUGGUUCUAAAGCAACACUCAAAGCUGUGGCUCUCAUCACUGGAGAUACCAACGUUAGAGGCUUUAUUCACUUCACUCAAAUCCCAAAUGGGAUAACCCAUGUCCAAGGAAAGAUAACAGGCCUCUCUCCUGGCCUUCAUGGCUUCCAUAUCCACGCCCUCGGUGAUACCACCAAUGGCUGCAAUUCCACUGGGCCUCAUUUUAAUCCAUUAAAGAAGGAUCAUGGAGCUCCAAGUGAUGGAGAGCGCCAUGCUGGAGAUUUGGGUAAUAUCAUUGCUGGCCCUGAUGGAGUUGCUGAGGUCUCAAUUAAAGAUUGGCAGAUUCCACUUAGCGGACAGCAUUCCAUUUUAGGGAGGGCAGUUGUUGUGCAUGCUGAUCCCGAUGAUCUCGGCAAAGGUGGGCAUGAACUUAGCAAGACGACAGGGAAUGCAGGUGCAAGAGUCGGAUGUGGUAUCAUUGGCCUUCAAUCAUCUGUUUAGAAAUAGUUUGGUUGCAGUUAAAAUAGGUGGUAAAAAACUGCAAAGUAUAAUCUUCUGGUUGAGUUUAUGUAUCUCUCAGUAAUCCGCUUGCAAACAAAUCUGAGAUGGAAGGAUGAAGAUCAAAAGCCUAUUUGUAAUUUAUUUGAUCAAAUAUGGAAGGUACUUAAGUUAAAAGAACUUUUUUUUUUCAGUAAAGACUAGACCCAUAAACAGUUUGGGAAA